AUGUCCUCCUACCAACUCACCCCCGACGACCUCGACACAUCCUUCGAAACCCCUCCGGCCAUUCGGGCGGCUCGAAACCCCAAUCCCGCCGUUCUCCAGGCGUUACUGGAUUAUUAUCGGUCUGAGCUGCCUCAUGUUGCGCAUCUCGCUCCUCGAGACCGCGGCGGCCUCGAGCAAUGCUCUCCUAACGCCGACAUCACCGGCGCUAUUGACGGCAUCUACGAAUCUCCAUUGACAGCAGCUAUUCGCGCAGACCUUCCCGACAAUGUGCGUGCGCUCCUAGCGGCGGGCGCAAACCCCGCAGGCAUCCGCCCUCUCUAUCUGUCCGACUACUCCGUGCGCUUCGUUCGCGGCCGAGAUGCAAAGACCGACAUGUCGAGCUUUGCCAUGUGUCCGCCGCGCGAGUCCAUCCUCGCUGUCGCCGCGGCGAAAGGCAUCCAGCAUCAGACUCAGCCCUUAACUACCACCGAGCUGGACGAGCGCCGCUCCGGCUUUCCUCGUUUCUGGACCGAGCCAAAUCUACCGGGCCAACGAUUCCGCUCCACUAAGGCCUUGACGGCUCUCGAAGUCGCCGCUGCGUGCGGCCAAGAGCGAAUGUUCAAUCUGAUCCGCGACGCCGGAGCAGAUGAAUCCGCCUGGACUCGGACUCAGCCUUCCAGUGAACGCGUCGACGACGAACCGUCGAACCAGGAGGUAACCCCAUCGUCGAUGUCGACCUCGUCGCCCGUCCACGAAGCCAUCUCCGCAGGCCACCGCGCCAUGCUCCAUAAACUCCUCCAUCAACAUCACUACUCCCCAAACUACCGACCGCUAGCCGCGGCGCCGACACUGGCCCUUCCCCCGCUCUCCUACGCCCUGGCCUGCUGUGAUCCAGACAAUCCUAAAAUUCGAGAAUGUAUUACCGAGCUACGGGACCACCCCGAUCUCGAUCCUCACCUCCGCACCCCCAUCUUCGAAGUCCACCCGCUCCAUUUUGCUGUCGCGCGUCAUAGCCCGGACCUUCUGUCCUGGCUCGCCCUGCCGCUCCCGUCUGCGGGUACUACUGCCCUCGGACAGACGCUGCUUCACAUCGCCUCGCUACCCCUGACAUCCGAGGCCAUCGACGAUAAAAACCCCGACGUCGUCCGGAGCAUUCAUUGCGCUAGAACUCUCAAUCUCGCCUGGUUACCGCAUCCCUGGCCUAGUCCCUUGCAUUUGCAGCCACAGCCGCGGUCCCGGCUUAACCCGCUGCGGCCCCGCGCGAGAACCCCAUUGACGCCCGCCGAGCAGGAGGCCCAGUUGGAGACCCUGCGCGUCCUGGUCGAUGCCGGCAUUGAUGUCCGCGCACAGGAUGUCGAUGGGAACACGGCCCUGCACUACCUGGCGGCGACCUUGAAUGUCGACCCCCGCGCAUUGCAGUUGUUAAGAGAUAUGGACGGCGGCGAGGAGGUUUACCAUCACGUCUUGAAUCGGGAGGGCUUGUCGCCGCGGGCCUUGUGGGAGGGUAGAUCUGUCCAGUAA